AUGGCAGAAUUAGCUCAAGAUACCGGCGCUGUAAAAUCAGUUGAAAUUGUUGAAAAUAUCCAAAAAAAUCCCAACGAUGGUAACAACAAAGAAGGUUGCACCGAUUUAAUACCAUGGUACCACGGAAAAAUUUCUGAUGAAACCACCUAUAAACUGCUUAAAUCGAAUAAAGAUGGUUUAUUCCUUGUAAGAGAUUCAUUAAGAUACGCCGGAGAUUUUAGUUUAUGUUUAACAUAUUCUAAAAGACUUUUCGAUUAUCGCAUAAUUCGCGAUAAUUAUGGAAGGUUGACGAUAAAUCUUGAAGAUUAUUACGAUUCGUUGGAAGAAAUAAUCGAGACAUGCAUACACCGAAAAAAAGAAUUAUGCUAUUACCUCAUGGAAUAUGUUACCAGGGAAAUGAAAGCGCAAAUAAUAGGGGAUAUUAACGUGAAUUAUAUUAAAAAAGGAGUUUUUGGGAAAACAUUUAUUGGUUGUAUUCAAAAUAGAAAAGUUUUAAUUUCACCAAUUGAUGACCCUGUCGAAAUGCAUGAAAUCAUCAAGAAAAAACUUUGUCAUAAAAAUCUUGUUAAUAUAAUCGGCUUGGCUUUAACCGACUCUGGUUCAAUUAAAACUUAUAACAUGAUUACUGUUUAUAUGGAACAUGAACCUUUGUUAUAUCUUUUAAGAAAGCCGAAAAAAUAUCCUUACGUUAGAAAAUAUGCAUUCAAUUUUUGUAAUGACAUUUGUAUGGGAAUGGUGUAUUUAGAAGAGCAACAACUUUGUCAUCAAUUUUUGGCAGCCAAAAAUGUUUGGAUUACCAAAACAGGAAUAGCAAAAUUAGCCAAUUUCGGAAUUUGUAACGAAUAUUUAGGCCGAUUCCAAGAUUUUGCACACACCCAUGUUGCUCCAGAAGUUUUAAUCGCCAAAAAGCAUAGCAUCCAAGCUGAUAUGUGGAGUUUUGGGGUUGUUUUAUGGGAAAUAUAUAACCACGGUGAUUUGCCAUAUUCUUACAUGUCUUUAUCCAACAUUUUCAAAUUUUUAAAAGCAAAUAAUCGACUUACUAUUCCUACAAAAAAUUGUCCACGUUCUGUACGCAAAAUCAUGCGGCAGUGUUGGUGUUGGAAACCUGAACAAAGACCAAUUUUUCGCCAGUUGUUUGUUGUGUUCCCAAAACAUCGUAUUCAAAUGAAAGAUUGUCCGAAAUUUUUAGAAUUUUGA